AUCCACAGCACUGUGACCGCAGCCCGCACCUCAACCAGCCUUAUUCACGGGUAGCACGCGACGAUGCGGCCGUCUGCACGCUGUCUGGCGCCAGGCUUCUUCAAGCGCAGUCUGGACGAGUUCAAGCGCCUGUCCAGCUUCGCUCUCAAGCUAGAAGGGCUCAAAUCGCCUACGAAACCGUUCCUGCUGGUCCCUUUCGACUCUCCGGAUGACAUCGCCAGGUGCAAGCGCAUGAGCGACAAAGACAUCGGUGGCUUCUCCACGGCCAACCUCGACUUCCACCCUGCGGCGCACGACGCACCCUCCCACGCGCGCUUCCACGGCAACAUAUCCAUUGAGCUACCGCCAGACCAGCCGCACGUACAGCGGACUGGCUAUGCCGGCUGGCGCACGCUCGAUCGAGGCUUCACUAUAUUCGGCAAGUCGCUCUGGGACGUAGAUCUGUACACCUACCUCGCCAUCCACUUCAAAUCCGACGGCCGCAAAUACUUCGUCAAUGUGCAGACCGAGUCGAUUGUACCAACGGACAUCCACCAGCACCGCCUGUAUGCAAAGACGCCCGGCGAGUGGGAGACAAUACUGAUCAAAUGGAGCGAAUUCGUGCGGACGAACCACGGCCAGGUCGUGGAGCCCCAGCGGGAGAUGCUGACGCAGAAGGUGCGGACUGUGGGCAUGGCGCUGAUCGAUAGGAUACCAGGGCCUUAUGAGCUCAGUAUCAGCAAGGUAUGGGCCACGAACGCCGGGCGCGACGAUGAAAUACUUGCCAGUGUUACGGGGGCCAUCUCCGGUCUUCCAAUGUCAUCCUCUCGGCGUGGAGACUUCAGCAAGCCCGGGGUUCUGAAGAAAGAAGCUCGCGGAGAAUAUGUAUCAUAAAAUCGCAAUGCAGGCUUCUUGCCAUGCCGGUGCCGUUGUGUUUACCCGUACGCAACCUCAGUGAUGGGGUGCAUUUGAUAAGUAUCUACUCGUUGGCCAAUCGUAUCUCCACCAGAGUGUGAUGUCUGGGUUCAUGUUCAUAUCCGUCGCAGGAUAUUUUAUACUUCUAGAUAGUAGUAUUAGUAGUAGAGAGUAUUAGCGUAACGU